AUGGCGGGAUGCGCCUCGUUCCGCUUGCGACGAGUGCAGCAGCCUCUGGAGUAUCGAUAUCUCAGCGUGCCUCUUCUAGCUGUGGCAUGCCUCAGCGAGAUGUCAUACUGUGCCCAUGAGAGAAAGAUGGGUGUGAUACCGAUUCCAUUCAUUGUCGGGUUUACUCUUGCUGGGGUUCUCAAGAAUACAGCGGAGGAGGUUCUGUCAGAUCUCAAGGAAGAAGGGUUUCCCUGGUAUUUGUUUCUGAUUGUGAGCUUCUUCACAUUACUCAAAUUGCCUGGUCCAUAUUAUCCAUACUGGGGCCGGUUAUUGAUUCCUCACUUUGCUAAUGGUGGUCUUUGGAGGACUGUUUGGCUAAUAUUUAUGUGGUAUAAAGGGCCUAAUGUGACACCUGAAGCUUCCUUAUAGGCUGUUGUUUAUAGAUGGAUGCCUUAUCUCUGUAUGGUGUUAGGAACAGUUGAUGUGAGUAAUAUCUUAAACUAUUUUGUUUUCUGUCAAAGAAUCUUGCUGAUAAGAGGAAUGUUGUCUGUAGGAGGGGUUUCAUCAAAGAAAACAGUGGGAUGCACCUUCAAAACUUUUCUAUAAUCCAUGAAAAUGGAAAUUUAUGUCCAAGUGUAACUCUAACUUCUCAAACAUUUCAGUUCAUUAGACUGAACUGUCGAAUUGCUUUCUGGUCUUUCUGCAUAGCAGUACUAAACUACUAAAUUUCUCAGUUAUAGAGUUCUAAUGUUGAAAUAUUGAGCUAAUUUUCUAAUCAGCACUUUAAGGAUGCUUAGAUAGAUCAUUGGCUGUCAUGCAAGAUAAAUGCAUUUUAGGUGCAGCUUUAGCAGGAAAAGUGCUCAAGACCAAUUGUUGAUCAUAACUGACAAUUUUCUCUGUUGGAAAUCUUGGUUUAUGACGAAACGAGCAACGAUAGUAAAUGUAUUUUAGCUCUGUUUGGUUGCUAAAAGAUGGUGGUUUGUUUUGCGUCGUUCGGCUACUGAAAUGGAGUUGGUCGAGGAGAACCAGAGACCACUGGUUAAAUUUUGAGGUAGUAUUUCAGAGAGCACGAGAAAGAGUUCAAGUAUUUGGAUAACUUGUCCAGAUAUUUGUGCUGUCUCGAAGCUUCCCUGUCAUUUCCUCUGUUUCACUGGGGCAGAACAUAUUGACAACUUGUCAUCAAAUAUGAUGCAGAUGAUGAAUGGUGGUAAGCUCAGAAUUAAGCGAACUCUUUGUUCGGUUUCUCCAACUUUGUCUGUUAAAUGCCAACUGCUUGUCAUCUUUUCUAAAUUCAAUAUGUUCUGCUCACAUUUAUGAACCUUUGAAAUUCUUGUGCACCGAAAAUUAACAUAUUUGUAUCGGUAGCUGCAGCAAAAUAGAAUCUGAUUAAAUUUUAAAGCAAGAUUAGAAAAAGAAUUUUAUUCUCUGCUUUUUUUUUUCAGAUAUUGUUGUAGACACACUAGUUACUAGUUCCAUUAUUUAGGAAGAUUGUGAAUUUAUCAAUCCAUUAUCUUUGCAUUAAAUUUCAUUUUUCAUUAUCAUCAGUGUUCUCGCUCGCAAUAUUUCCCAUUUAUGCUUUGCUUGAAAGCUUGUUAGGAAGCUACCGUUUCUUAUUGAAAAACUAGAUUCAAUUAUUAUGGCCCAUGAAAAAGUACAAAGUUGACACAAAAUGUAGUAUAUGGUUUGUAUAUAACCUUCAGCAUGUUUCAGCAUCUUUCGUAGUAAAAUAUAGAUCCAUCUUGUAACUUACUCGGAAUGUCUCAGAUUAUGUAGCUCUUGUUUUCAUAGUUCAAAAAAGCUACGCAUGAUUUGUGUUUGGCAAAGUUCACCGGUGGUGUCAGAUUCUUGUUUGGUUGUCCAUUUGCGAUGCCAUCAUAGCAAGGGAUCAAAGGGCAGGCUGUUGCGUUUCUGGCCCUAGUCCAAGAUGCAUCGAUGAGGGAGCAUGCGGAAGUCGGUCCAUGCGAAGUGGGACCUCAUGGAAACCAUCAGCAGAUUCUUUGAUCCCAAUUGGAUACAAUCUUGGAUAUCAUCGUCGCUGCAGUCCGAAGAAGGAAACCAUCAGUUUGAACCAAGUGGGAGGACAGGAACUUGGAGACUGACUCUACUUUUUUCGGAUUCAACAGCUACUACGAACUCCAAUUCAUCAUGCAGUCUCGUCAUCAUCAUCAUCAUGCACCAUAUUCACAUUGAUCGGAGAGCAAGUAAUCUCAGCUGCCUAAUGUUUAUAAUGGAUUGGGCAUUUGCCUUUGGAAAUUCUUGCUUAUGCUCGAACACAAAGCUAAUGCUCUGCUGCAAAGUCGAAUACUUGGAUGUUUCUGCAUUGUGUCAUGAAUCAGAAAGAGGAAAUUAGCAUCCAUGACCGGGACAGUGAUAAACCUGGAGCAUAAUACUUAUAUAUGACUAGUGGUGGGAUCGAUCCGAGUGACAUUUUAACCUUGAGAAGGCCAUCGAUCGUUGUUGUUAGUUGUGACUCUGUCUGUACAUGGAUACACCUCCUCGGAGGACAUGGAAAUUUGACAUGAAAGGAUAAGCUGUGAAAGCAUUGCAAAUCUUGAAA